AAUAAGGAAGUGUUUAUGUUUAACAUGUAGGACGGAUUAAAUGGGUGCUGGGCUGAUAAAUUCGGCUACUUGAACCAGUGUGGGAAACUUUUACAUGUAUGUGCUUUAUCUAAUUGUUGUCGUGUGAAAGCGAUAUUUAGCCCUAUUUUUUUUUUUUGUUGAAAGUUAAUUCGAUUACUGUCGAAUCGCGCAUAACAUAACAGUAUAACACUCACUGCAGGCCAGGCUUAGUUUUUUUUUUUCCCCUGCUUCAUAAUUUAUAUUGUUGCACCACUCAGUGAAAGAUGUCUGGUAGUUUUUACUUUGUCAUGGUUGGACACCAUGAUAAUCCGGUUUUUGAAAUGGAGUUCCUGCCCCCUGGUAAAUCAGAGUCUAAGGAUGACCACCGACACUUGAACCAGUUCAUCGCCCACGCAGCCCUCGACCUGGUGGACGAGAACAUGUGGCUGACCAACAACAUGUACCUGAAAACCGUGGACAAGUUCAACGAGUGGUUCGUCUCUGCCUUUGUCACAGCCGGGCAUAUGAGAUUUAUCAUGCUUCACGAUGUAAGGCAGGAAGAUGGAAUUAAAAACUUUUUUAAUGAUGUGUAUGAUUUGUACAUCAAGUUUGCAAUGAACCCCUUCUAUGAGCCGAACGCCCCGAUCCGCUCGACAGCUUUUGACAGGAAGGUGCAGUUUCUAGGCAAGAAGCAUCUCUUGAGCUGAGCGAGAGAACUGUGGCUUCUUGAAGAAUAGCAGGCCAGAGGACUGGCCCAACACAUGAAUAUAUGAUUGUUAACCCCUCACAUUUUUAGUAGAUUUUGUUCUGCAUGAUGUUCAUUUGCAUUCUGAAAACAUAUAGAAAAUAAUACCUGGCAAGUACUGUACAUAAACUGUUGACAUGUUCAUUAAUUUUUUUUUUUUUUCCCCCCCUGGGAGUUCCUUUGCUAAACUCUAUGGCAGGAGUGUUUAAA